AUGGGAGCUCAGCAGCAAUCUGAGACGACAGGAGAAAAAUUUUCAAGAAAACUUAAUGAAAAUCCCUUUGUCCCUAUAGGUUGUCUUGCUACAGUUGGAGCUUUGUCAUAUGGAUUAUGGACUUUUAGAACUGGUCAUAAGAGGUUGUCACAGCAAAUGAUGCGCUGGAGAAUUGUAGCCCAAGGAUUCACUAUUACAGCUCUUGUUACUGGUGUAAUGAUGACCGCAGGCAGUAAUUUGAAAAAAAUUUAA